UGAACUCGAGGAAAUUGGAAUGAGAAUAGUAGAAAAAUGCAAAGGACUUCCACUUGCACUUGUAGUAAUCGGUGGUGUCCUCUACAAAGCUGAGAAGACACGAGCCAAUUGGGAGUAUGUUGCAGAAAAUGUGAAAUCUGCAGUAACUGGAAAUGAUGAUAAUUUAAUGGAAAUACUGUCUUGGAGUUACAACCACUUGCCCCAUCAUCUUAGAGCAUGCUUCCUUUAUAUGGGAGUUUUCCCUGAAGAUUAUGUGAUCCAUGUCUCCCAUCUUAUCAGGCUAUGGGUUGCUGAGGGAUUUUUAAAGCCAAACACACAUAAAAGUUUGGAAGAAGUGGCAAAGGAGUAUUUGGAAGAACUUAUUGAUAGAAAUCUAAUUAUGGUUCGUGACCAGAAUUACACCGGGGAAAUCAAAACCUGCAGCAUCCAUGACACCAUGAGAAAACUGUGCAUGAGGAAAGCUCAGGAGGAGAAGUUUCUUUAUGUCGCCAAUCAAGAAUUUGAUAUUUCUUCGGAAGUCGUGAAAAAUCAGCGUCACCUAAGUAUUCAUCCGAAUGGGCAGAAUGCAGUCAUAUAUGACUCAACUAUCCGUUCACUUCUAUACUUCACGUAUAGUCCAUUGCCAAAUUCUCUAUGUUUUCAGCUGCUCAGGGUGUUGGAAGCAGGAAAUAUAAAUUUCUCUAAGUUUCCAAUUGAAAUAGUAAAACUUGUUAAUUUAAGGUAUAUUGCUUUGUCCUACAGUGGGAAAUUCAAGAUUCCUGCCUCAAUAUCUAAACUUUGCAAUCUUCAGACCUUGAUUGUUUUUCGAUGUUCUCAUGCUGAAAGAUUGUUCUUACCACUGGGACUCUGGGAGAUGCCACAAUUAAGGCAUCUCUUGUUCGAUGAAGUUGUCUUGCUUUGUUCUGAUGGUCCACAAAAUGUGAACCUACAAACACUUACAGGAGUAAUAAAUUUCAGAUUCACUAAGGAGGCCCUUCAAAUAAUUCCGAACCUGAAGACUUUGGGAAUUUCUUACCAUUUUGGACUUCAAAGUGACUUGUCAUUCUAUUGUCUUGAGAAUUUAGUACAUCUGCGUCAACUCGAAAGUUUUAAGUGCAACGUCAUUUCCAAUGAUGUGGAAAAGGUUCCUCUGCCACAGAACUUUGCUUUCCCACCAAAUCUGAAGAAGUUGACUUUGAGUGGUUGCAGAAUUUCUAUGCAUAAUAUGUUUCUUGGUCGUAAUCUUCCCAAUCUUGAAGUUCUCAAACUAAAAGAGGGUGUCUUCGAAAGCAAUGCAUGGAAAACGGAAGGGGAAUUUUCUCGAUUAAAAUUCCUGCAUGUUGAAUCGUUUCAUUUUAAAAUCUGGGAAGCCGAGGCAGCACAUUUCCCAAGCCUACAGUGCCUACGUCUUAGGAAAUGCUUUGCUUUAAAAUUCAUCCCUCCUGCAAUUGGAGAAAUUCCAACUCUUCAGCAAAUCUUCUUGUAUGGAUGUUCAUUAUCUGUUGAGAAAUCGGCAAAUUCAAUACUAGAGGAACAAGAAGACUGGGGGAACUAUGACCUUAAGGUUCAUGUCGAUUCCAAAUCUUAUGGAAACAUAGCUUUCCGUGGCAACUCCUAUCCUGUGAAUUAUAAAGUUGCUCCAGAUUCAGAGAUAGUGGAAUGGGCAAUUGCAACUUCGCAAAGAUUUCAGGUGCACUGCGAGUUACUUUUAGAAUAAGAGAAAAUGAAAUCUGUUUGCAAUUUUGUUUAAUUGGGAGGUUAAUUGAAUCUUGUUGAAAAUCUCUGAGUAUUCUUGAUGCGGUCAUCACCUAUAUAUGCUUUGUUUAGUUUAAAUUGGGCUUAUAUUAUUGAGUUUGGCCCAAACUCAUUUACCUUCUGGGUUUGCCAAUUUCUCUAUUUACAUAGAUUGGUAAUGUAAUUUCAAAAGAGAUGAUGACUGAUGAAUAUGAAUGAAAUGCUUGUUUAAAAAGUUUU